UAUAUAUUCUCCUCAGAGGGUGCAGUGAGGCCCUGCAGCACUCUCACUUCUUCUCAGCUCCAGUUGACUGACUACUUCUGCAAAGAUGGCUGGUAUGAUGAUAAAGAACAUGUCCUUCAAGGUCGGGCAGACCCUGACCAUUGUUGGAGUCCCCAAACCUGACGCUACAAAUUUUGCAGUGAAUAUCGGCCCCAACGAGAAGGAUAUUACGAUGCAUAUCAACGCUCGUUUUAACGCCCACGGGGACGAGAAUGCGGUGGUCUGCAACUCAUACCAGGACGGCAUCUGGUGUGAGGAGCACCGAGAGGGAGGCUUUCCUUUCUCUCUGGGAGAGGAGUUCAAGGUCCUCAUUGAAUUCACCCCGACAGAGUUCGUGGUGAGUUUAUCAGAUGGCUCCUUGAUCCACUUCCCCAACCGCAUGGGUGCAGAGAAAUACUCGUUCAUCAGCUUUAUUGGGGAAGUUCGCAUCACGAGCUUUGAGAUCAAGUAAACCUCCAUGCUGCCAGGAGUCUUUUGCUUUCAAUUGUGUUUGUCCAGCAGUAUGUCAUAUUUAGCCCCAGCUUUUAAGUUUGUGAAUACCAUGAGGUAUCAGCAGUGCCUUUCAUGUUUCUCACACAGUGUAUGUGUGUAGGAAGAAUUUGUUGAAAUGUGCGUAUGCAAGCAAACACAGAAACGAAUAUGGAUACAUAAGAUGGACUCAUACAAUGUCAUAAUGUUCAGAUGUAAACAUCGUAACUGCAUAACCUUCCUGAACACUUGACAGAGCUACGGACUGGAAAGAAACCAAACAUACAAUUGUCCCGUUUCAUUUUUUCGCUUUGCAGUUUGCAAUGUUUAGUUGAAAUGUUUUGCAAAAAAUCUAAACCGAUUGUUAUCUAAGGUGCCUUGAAAUGCUGCAUGUUUUCGUUUUCCCUCCCAGACAUUCCAGAUUGAUAUCAAAGUGUAAUGCUUGCCUUUACAACAUGAAUAAAGCAUAUCCUUCAUAAA